UUUUGGUAAGUUGUCAUGGGUAAAGCCCCUUUCACACCGGGCCUGCAUAGAGUUGCCUCUUCUUUUUCUGUAGAUUUGAAGCUUCACUGCCAGCAAAUUUCAGCAGAGUCCAGCAGGAUGAAUAAAAUCUGGCAAUGCAGACUACAGCCCAAUGUUGACACUAGAGGGAAACAGCUGGCAGCAUGGUGUUCUCUCACUCUGUCAUACUGCCGCCAUCACAAACUCUACACCCUGGACGUCAUGGAAGCUCAGGAAGGCCCCGUGUUUAACAACAAGAAGAUAGAACGAAAACUGUCAGUGGAAGCCAUUCAAGUUGUGUUUGAGGAACUGAGGAAAAAAGGAAAUCUUGAAUGGUUGGACAAAAACAAAUCCCGUUGUUUAGUCAUGUGGCGACGACCAGAGGAAUGGGGCAAGCUAAUAUACCAGUGGGUUUCCAAAAAUGGGAUGGUCAACUCGGUAUUUACACUUUAUGAGUUGUCUAACGGUGACGAUACAGAAGGGGAAGAAUUCCAUGGUCUAGAAGAGUGGAUGCUGUUGCGUUCAUUGCAGAGUUUACACACAGAUGGCAAAGCAGAGAUCAUCACCAUGGAUGAUGGAAAGGGGGUGAAAUUCUUCUGAAACACUGCCAGAAUCAAACCAGGAGCCCUCGUAUCGUACCUUUAAUGCAAUUUUUAGUGUCAGCCGUUUAAGAUGACAGAAGACGCACAUCAGCGCCCACUCCGGUGGAUGCUCUUCUUGUAAUUGUUGUUGCCUUUUGGUCUGCCCAACUUCAAAGCAUUUUCUUAUUGGCUGGGAACUGAGAUUAAUGGUAAGUCUCAGGAUAAGAGAAUUUGAGGGGACCUUCUUUGUAAAAAAGAAGGAAAAAAAUUGCAACUCAUGCAAAAUGCAAUUUGUUAAGAUUGAAAGAUGCCUCGAGUCUAUCAGGGGUCUGAAUACUCUUGGGGAACGUGUUUCCCCACCAGUUGUAAGUUUACUCUUUCAUUACUGUAAAUAUGCCUAUUUUAUUCCUACCCCUUCCUCCCUCUUUAACAUAAUUUUUCUGCAUAAUUAGCUCUGGACCUUUACUCAGUUGUUACUCUCGUGUUCCAUGUGAUGUCCCAAAGAAAUCUCAGAGCACCACAGGAGCAGUUAUUUUGAGAAUCAUUACCAUUAAAUGCUUCCAGAAGAGGAACACCUCAGAGAUUUGGACCACUGCUCCUCCUCUCGGAGUGUUAUAUUUGUGGAUUUCAUGUAGACAUUGCUGUCAUCCUGUUGUCUAGUUGGUAAUUAUGUGACACUCCUGUUUUCCUCUCUACACUGAGUCUAUUUUUUCAUAUCAUGUAUGAGAAAUAAAUAGAAAUUUCCUAAACUUCUCUUGCAACACUUG